AUGGAAGAUCCCGUGAUGCAGUCCGCCGAAGCGGACCUGUCAGGAGCACUGUCUCGUUACCGACUCCGGCGACACCAACGCUAUGCUUGUGUGCAUGUGCUGCUAUUAUCCUGGAAGGACAGUGACAUAAAGGAGAUAGCCGAUGAACUUAGUGAGCUUGGCAGCAUCUUUCGGGAGCAAUUCAAUUACCUAGUCUGGCCAUACCACAUUCCAUCGCAGAAGCCACAAGAGGAACUCCAGGUACACGUCUCCCAGUUUAUCUCUCGCUAUGCCGAUGAAGAGAACUUGAUUGUCGUGUUUUACAGUGGCCAUGGUGGUCGAGCGGCCAAUUCGGAGGACGCAGCAUGCAUAUGGGCAGCGGACCAGAUGACUCCGUCAGGACAGGAUUCAAGGUGGCCAUCAUUCACCAAAGUUCUAUGUCAAGAACUGAGGGCGAUGCUGAGAGAAUAUGGCUCCGCAACAUUACCUGGCUUGCAACGGAGAAUGCUGAGAAAAGAAGCGGGAGCCACUAAGCAGCCGUUCUACUUUCCAUAUUCCUCCGAUGAUUCUGUAGGGGUCAUACGUCUUCAGCCAUGGAGGCCGCUUGAAGGGAGCAGCGCAUCGGAGAUUCCCCUUCCACCUUUGGAGCAUGCAGCAUCCCUCUACCUGCGCUUGUUCCUAAUCAAGCAACCAAAACCUUCGGAGAGAGAGUCCCUUCUGAGGUGGUUGACUCGUGGCUCCCCAUCCAUUAUCCAUGACAUCGAAGUCAUAGAACGAACAAUCACAGAAGCGACCGAGGUUGGGAGCUUGAGCAGCGAGAUACUACAGCCAAAGCCCGGACUACAACAAAGCGUUCUGCCUUGGCUAUCGCAAAAAGCCCAAGUAGAGGCCGGGAAGCUGUUCAGCUCCCUGAGAGAGGCGCUGACUCUUCCUGAGGAUCUACCGCACGCGAGCCAGACAGUGGAUUUGAUAGAAACCAUAUCGACUAGGACCCACGCCCUGCUGCACUUCCUGAGUGACAACUUAUCGUCAUUCGAACUUGCGUCGCGCGAUACCCAAAGUGUCCAGGCACUAAGCGAAAACAGAGUACUUGCAAGCCGAGUAGCUAUGCGUCUGACACUGCUACGAGAAGAAGGAAUGGAAGAACCAUGCAGGGUGAACUAUGAGGAUCAAGCAACAUCCAACCAGCGGUUUCGGAAUGGGAAGAAGGGUAGUUCCACCGUGCUAGUCGACUACUGGUACUACGAGGAACCUGCAUCAGAAGAAGCUUUUGUUGCGAUCAAACAUCGUGUUGCAAGAAUAUCCAAGUUACUAGCAGAGGAUAAGCCUGAUCGAUUUCGUAUCCUGCGCGGAUUGGGAUACGUACACGAGGUCCUGCACGGACGAAGAUUUGGAUUCGUUUACGAACUUCCUGCGCAGACUGAAAUUUGCACAUUGGCUGACCUGAUGAGAAGUAUGAAGAUGGUUCCGCUCCAAGUGCGGAAGAGGCUCGCGGCGGUUAUUUGCGACGCUGUUCUAGAUCUGCAUGCCAUUGGAUGGUUUCACAAGGCCAUACGAUCCGACAACAUUCUCAUUUUCAAAAACGCAGACUCCGCCGGGAAGGGCCAGCCUGAUUACGAGAGGUACAUGCAAUACGACCUAGUCAAUCCAUAUUUGGCAGGGUUCGAUUGUUCGCGGCCUGCCGAUGCUGAGACAUGGACGGCGACGGACUUCUCAUACAAGAACAACAUUUACAGGCAUCCUGAUCGAUGGGGAAGGCCGCGAGGAUUCGAGCGGCACCAUGAUGUCUAUGCGCUGGGUGUGCUCUUGCUGGAGGUUGGUCUCUGGAAGGCGCUGCCGAGCUUGGACAAGAAACGCAGAGAAUUCACUCACAUUCAGCAGCCGGAAAGCUUUCGUGACCUUCUUUUAGGCCCUAUCUGCGCCAGUGUUGCCCAUGCGGCUGGAUCAAGAUACGCAAGCGCUGUACGAUCUUGCAUAAGACCAAGAGAUUGGAAGAAAUAUGAGAACUGGGAGGCACAGUCUAUAAUUCGCGAGGAAGUUCUGUCUCUACUCUCAUGA